AUGUCUGCUGCUGGUAAGCUCAAGAGCAUCGUUCCUCUUCUUGACCGUGUUUUGGUUCAACGUAUCAAGCCUCAACAACAAACCGCUGCUGGUAUCUAUAUCCCAGAAAAAGCUCAAGAAGCUUUGAACGAGGGUGUUGUCAUUGCUGUUGGUAAGGGUGCUCUUGACAAGGAAGGUAAACAUAUUCCUCUUCAAGUAAAUGCUGGUGACAAGGUCAUCCUUCCUCCUUUUGGUGGAAGCUCUGUCAAGGUUCAAGGAGAGGAAUACCUCUUAUUCCGUGACUCUGAAAUCCUUGCCAAGGUUGUUGAAUAA